GCUGCGGACGCCGUCGCGUCGAUUGCCCCGGAAAAAAAAGAAAGGGCCCACCGUUCGUGGUGCCGCUGCUGGAACGACUGUGUUAUUACCGGAGAAGGCCCAACGCAGGCCGAAGCGGAGGGGGGGAAAAGCAGCGCCUGCCUGGCUUCGGACGUCCCAAACGCGGAAACGGUCCCCCGCGAAGCCCCCUCCACUUACAACUGCGCGUGCCCCAGUCAUCGCUGCCGCAACGCUCUUCGAGCGGGAAACUGCUUCGGAUACCGUUUUGGUUUGUCGACCGGGCAUCAUCACUCCGGUGAGAGGACGGCCGAGGAUUUUUGUGAGGUCCGAGGGAGGACUUUUGCGAGUCGGUCUGGAGAGCCGGUGGUGAUCCUUCCGUCGACUGUGUUGACUCGUGAACUACGGAACCUGAAAGGACUUGCGGCGUGGAUAAAACGAGAAGCCGGGUUUGACGAGCGAGCGCUGGAAGGCCAACUUCAGCCAACCGCGGCCGGCGUGCUGGCAGCGGAGCACCAGGAGCCACGUUCACCGAUCGGGCGAGCCGAGAUCCAGGCGAAGGAGAGUAGCUGACUCCCGGAAGCCAAUACCAAACAUGGAUGUCGACAGCGUCGCGCUCGAGUCCUUCCUCGAGCUCAACUUUCCCUCCGAACUCAACUUUUCAACACCAAUCGAGUAUCCACCAUUCAACGCCGCCGAUGUCGUCCUGCAAGCGACGGCGACAACGACGGCACAACAGCCGACGGCGUCUUCUGCGUCGAGCAGCGUAUUGGCGUUCCAAACGACGCAGCCAGCUCCGGCCAUGGACGUCGUCGGCGCCGCCUCGGGCACCGUGACCUCGUCGACGUCAUCAUCACCGGUUGUCCAGACGGCUAGUGGACGUCCCCAGCGGUCGUGUCGACUCAACCCGGACUACAACCUGAGGCCGCGGUCGGUCCAGAUUCGCAUCGAGACGGAGCAGCGGCGCAAACAACACCAACAACAGCAGCAACAGCAGCAGCAGAGUCACAAGAGGGAUCCCAAGCCAAAGCAGAAGCCUCCGCCGCUGUCCAAGUACCGGAGGAAAACAGCCAACGCCCGCGAGCGAUGCCGCAUGCAGGAGAUCAACCGGGCCUUCGAAGAACUUCGGGCUGCCGUACCGGCGCUACCUCCGGCCUGCGUACCCGACAAGAACGGUGACACCAGCAAGCUCACUAAGAUCACCACGCUCAGGCUCGCGGUCAACUACAUCGCGGCCCUGAGCCAGAUGCUGAGGGAGGCGAACGAGACCGAAGAGAACUCUUCCGAGGUCGACUCGGUGCAGAGCAUCGACUCGCUCGAAUCGAGCCUCGACUUUGGUGACGACCCGCUUUUGAUGAGCACCGAUCUGGUCGGCAUGAUUCUCGAAUCCGACGGCGAAAGUCUCCAGCUCAGCGACGCGCCGACGCCGUGAAGUGGAUGGCGCGACGACACGUCUUGGACGUGAACGAAAGCUUCAGGCCAGCAGUGAAGUGUUGUGCACGCUGUUACGCCGUUAUGACACUGUUGCCGGUGUAGUGGCGUACGAGCGGGGACUACUAUGCUGAUGAAACUGUGCAAGAUUGAGGAACGAGGGCGAGUCGGGCCUUACGAACUGCCCUGAGCGCUUUCAGAUUCGGCUGUGCUGCGGAACAUCACGCCGUGUUCGUGUCACACGCAUGGCUCACGGACUCGCUUUCAAGCGGCGGAUUUUGAGGAAGAGGGACUUUGUGUCAGAUAAACCGUUCAUUUCUCGGAGCAGGAUCUCCAGAAGAUUGUUGUGCCUUUCGCAUAUAUCCCAACGAAGUCAAUUUUUUUUUACCCUUCCGUGAUGAUCUGUGCAUGAGAAUGUGUCAAGCAUAGUGUAAGCAAUUCGACGAAGUUUGGUUUCGCAUGCCCCGUCUGGGGCGGCGUAGCAGUGCCUUGAGAAUCUCAUCGCUUCCUUAUAUGCGGAUAGCAGCUGAUGCGACGUUCGUUAUACGAGCGUAAUGCUUUAUAGACAACUGUGCUAGAAUUUGUUUGCUCGCCGCGACGACGCACUUGACGAACGCUAAUGCAGCUUUAUCUCGAUGCUCACAGCGAAGAGUGGAUUCUUCAGCCGUGCCAUAACUUAAAAGCUGGGAAAGCCACUGCUGUGCCACGAUCACGCGAGUCGGGUAUGUCCACGCUCAACGAGAAAUGUAUGGUGAACAUGCAAUCUAGUCCGUCCAAAAGCUAGUUUUCUAUACCUUCAACGUGCGGUGACUUAGGACGCUGGAAGCGUCGCCACUUACAGGCGUAAAGCGACGAAUAAAAUCGGGUUUCCAUUUAAGAAUGAAAAUGUUCACGGGAUCGCGCUACCAAUUCGCUUGCUUCUACGCUUUCCAUAGUCGGUGACAACCCAUAAAAAUUUGGUACAACCUCCGCACUCGAAAACGCGUGCAGUUACCUGUAAAGAAACACCAAUAUUGCAAAAAAAUGUUUGCCGCAAGCGUGACGCAACAAAAGUUAGCGAACCUAAUUGGCUGGCGCAUGUAUACCAGUUAUCUUUAAAAUCCUUGGUUUGUCGCCGACUAUGGAUAUUUGUAUUUUUCCAAGCUCAGAAUGGUUUCGAGCUUCUCGAGGCAAGUCUGCCGCGAAGAAAUUGAACAAGAAAGAAAGAGCGCUUUCGAAAAGGCUUUCUGCUCUUUCCAAUUUUGCACAUCUAAGGUACAACUAUGUUGAAUAUACAUAUCACCAUACUCUUGUUCAACUUUCUGCUGAUCUUCACAGCUCCUGUUUCUUUAUUUUUUGCAGCAGUUCUCCGUAUUUAUCACUGCAAUCUGCAGUGUUUAGGGAAUUCAGCAACAUAACGAACUAAGCAGAAUGGAAGCUGGGACGAACAGUGACUUACGCGCAAUCAUGCUUUGGUUUUGAAAACUGCUUCCACGCUCUCAUUAACUGCUGGGUUCAAAGACACUUAAUGAAUGCAUGCCGUAUUGGACAAGCACGACAGACAUUCGUGUCUCAUCGUCCAUGCUUCACUAGUAAACAAUGCGCUAUGUGACUGAAGACGAGAGAACCAGAGAAACCGAGGUUCGUUUUUGGCGAGAUUCUAAAUGCAUUCCAGCCUCAACGGCUACUAUAUAUACCGGUGAAAGAGCAUUGAUGUACACGUGACUUAUCGUUUGUGUACUUGCGCAAGCUUUCGGUCACAAAUGCGACGUAUUCGUGGAAAACACGCUGGCCGUGGAUUUCAAGAUGGCGUUUCUCUUAAAAAAUAGGACGAAAGCGUUCGGUGCGAUGCUUUACGGAAUUUCUCUCCGAUCAGCUGAAGGUCGUAGCUUGCACUUUUUUCUUCGUAUUCUGUUGUGUAUUAUAAGAACGAAUGUAAACUGGAGUGUGUGAAAUUUUGUGUUUGGUUCGUUACGGAAACACGUGAAAGAUAAGAUAAAGUGUAUUCAUUGUAGAUUGCUAAGCUCAGUAAGGCGCCAAAAAAUCAGAUCUAACAAAGGACCAUGACGGCAUGUUGUAGUUCACAUGUACAUGGACAAGUAAAGUUUCCUGUGGGAGUCGGUGUCGCCAUGUUCAAGGUUUAUAGAAAACAUUGAAGUGUUUCAGCUCGUUCCUUUUAGAAAGUCUGACUCGAGAUACAUUCGAAGAACUUUAUAAGCAAUCAGAGGUAUUCGUAGCCUCCUGCGCACGAGCGCAAGGCAGGAGAGUAUUAUACUAAUUGAUGAUUUCAGAAUGAUCAAGAGUAAUCGGCGUACGUGCUGAAACUAACUCUAAUUAUGUCUGCAGUAGUUUACUUGUCUCCAUUUUUUUCUUCUUGUCAGUACGAUGUGAUACUUGGUAAAAAGGAAGGCGUUCUUCUUUUUUUUUUUCUUUUUUGUAAACGCAUGUUCAGCCAAACUGUUCAAUGCUUCGCACAGCAAAGAGACACUCGUCAUAGUAUUGUUACAUAAAAAUGAGUUUCAAAAUCAAAUAUGCAGGAAAUUUUCUUGGACGCGAGAGCAACCUUAUAUUGGCCAGUUCUGGAGGUCAUGAAGUGCAAUACCUUACAUAAGAAAAAAAGUGUCCCUUAGCUUGUUUCUUCGUAGAUGGUUCGCUGUGUGACUGAUUACGCGUGUGAAUGAAUCUUGUCAAGACCCUUGUUGAAGACCGGGCCCAAAGCAAUACGCAAAAUAAGCUAGCAGACACGCUGUGCUAGUAAUCAAUACCGGUGUGCUUCCAAAAGGCAUCAGCGUUGCCUGCUUCAUGUAAAGAAAAAAUUUAGGUUAUGUAUAAUGUGACAUGUUGCGCCAAUGUCGCGAUUGUGCCGGUGAAUCUCUUUGUUUUUUUUUUUUUUUUUGUUCGUGCCUUGUCAUGUGCCUUGUUGAAUGUUUUUGAACAGCUCACUGUUUUUAUGAAAAUGCCUUUUCGUCGUUAAAGAUAGCGAAAGAAAAAAAAGGUAGCAGUGUUCGCGUUGGAUCUUUGUUCAUAUUUUUUGAACGAGAGAAACUUUUUUUCUUCUCAUUUUCAAUAUUAUAUCUAUAUUUUUCGAAAUGACAGAACAAUAAAGAAUGUUUAUAAUAAACGA